AUGUCUUCAAGCGACCCUAUGAUUUUUUCUGCCGAUUCAAUGAUGUUUGAAUCUGCAGAUAGCUUACUUCCAACUUCCACUCUUGCCUUUUCUGAUACCUUACCCGUAUCGAAUAAGCAUGAGCAGGUUGAAGAGUUAUCAUCUCAUCUCCCAGAGUACUUCGGAGAUGCUGACACUACUAGUGCCCCUAGCAAUGUCAGAAACAACCUUGGUGAAGCUUCACCUUUUGAGAUUCACUCAGCAGUUUUGGAUUCAGUGUUUUCCACUACAGCUGAUGAUGCUCAAACUUUCGAAGAGACUCCUAUGUUUGAUGAACUAGACUUCAUUGUCGAUGGCGUUAAGCCAAAUUCCAAGGAUGAUUGGGUAUCCUUGUUUAACGACGAUGAGAAGCAUUUUAUAACCCCAAAGCCAAAGGAUUCUUCUAAGAGACUCUUCAGUGAGAUAGAAGAAACUUUUGAAUUUGCAGCUGUAAAGUCUAUUGCUCCUCAUGUUACUGCUGAACAAUUAGUUACUCCAGCUCAUUCGACUUUUACUAGUCCUGACCUCGACCAUCUUCACAAGAAGGUUCCAUCUACUGUGUCUUCCGACAAGGUUGAUCAUCUUGGAUGUGUCACUUACUCAAAGAAACAAAGAACUCAGCCAUUGAGCCCUGUUCCAUCUGAUGGAAGCGAUCCUGUUCUUUUAAAGCGUGCGCGUAACACCGAAGCUGCCAGAAGAUCAAGAGCCCGUAAGAUGGAACGUAUGUCUCAAUUAGAGGACCGCGUUGAAGGUUUGUUAAGUGACAAAUCUGAAUUAGAAAGUGAAGUUGCAAGAUUAAAGGAAUUGUUACUGGUCAACGGAAUUAGCUUUUAA